AUGUUGGUUGCGUUCUUAGCACUGGCAUUCAUUCGAGAAAAUGUCGCACUCAUACGUUCAGGAGAUUCUGUGCAAAACCGGACAAAAGAAACUUUCAGGAUCUUGAAUAGGAUUUUCAACGACAACCUGAUAUGGAGCAACCACUGGGAGAAAAUCGUACUGGAAUGGUUGAAGUCACCAAAAAGUGUAAAGGCUGACAUGGUCAUCAGAGGAAAAGCGUACUUUCCGAAAACGGACUACAGACCGUUAGAAGUGAAACUGCUCCAAAUCCUGGGGCACCGUUUCGAAAGAAGAAAGAGGGAGGUCGCUCGCCUUCCCCCUUUCACAAUAUAUGGAUGCAAUGGCAUUGUCAAUACAACAGGAAAGGCGAAAGAUUCUGUUUACGCUGCCUGCCUGUACUUGAAGCCUCCUGUGAAUUUGAGUAAUGGUGUAGAGUCGAAAUCAGAGGGCCCGCUACCAAAAGAGGCAGGAGAAAUUCUCAAGACAAUCAGUUCGAUGUACAACGAGGGUGUGAAGUGGAGCGAUGAGUGGGCGAAGAAGGCAGUGGAAUGGCUGAAGUCGCCCGAAAGUGUACAGGCUGACAUGGUUAUCAAAGGAAAAGAAACAAGAGGAUGUCAUAUGGAUGUAUCUAUCUGCACAGCUCCACAACCUGAAGACUGUAUCUAUCACUUUGCCAAAGAACAACCAAUUAAAAUUGUUAAGGUCAAGAGUCUACUCAAUGGCACGAUGGCUGGAUGUGGCGGUAUCAUGAACACGAAGGGAAAGAAAGACUUCAUUCACGCUGCCUGUCUCUUCAAGAAACCUUGA